AUGGCUAUCUCCUCCGUCUGGAUAAUCCCUCCUUUGUUGUUGCUGCUCAUGGUAUCCGACACGGUUCCUUGGAACAGCCGUGGUGCCCUCAGGAGCUACAAGGAGAAAGAUGUAAUGGACGAGUACUACUACCCAAUCCCGUCCUUCUGCAACACCCCCAGGGAAGAAGCAGGGUGGGUUAGCGAGAUGUUGGACUCUCAGGAAUCCCUCUCCCACGAUUCAGACAUGGACUGGGUAUUCAAGCCUCACAACAGCACCGCUCCCGUAGGCAUCUGUGAGGCCGAUUACAAGAUGUACUACGCCUAUUUGAUGCGUAUCCAUCUGUGCACCAGACGAAUGCGCAGGGUCGACGGCGAUAUCUCCAACUCCUUGUCCUUUGGUGGGUUUUUCGUCGCAGGCGUACUGCUGUUUCUCUCCGUGUUGUCCUCCUGCAUUGCAGGGCUUGUGUCAUGGUGGUUUUCCAGAAGGAGAGGAGAGCAGAGUAAUGAAGAGCGCGGUGGAGGAUCGAUGCCGCGACCGCAGUUCGAAGAGCCAGCAGUGCCCCGGCGGUACCGCUACGCCGAGCUGGCCGCCGCGACGGGUAACUUCGCGGAGAACCAGAGGAUCGGGCAGGGCGGGUUCGGCUGGGUAUACCGUGGCUUCUUGAACAAUGGCGGGGCGGGCCGUCACGUCGCCGUCAAGGCGCUCAGCCCGGAGUCGUCGGCGCAGGGGAGGAGGGAGUUCGAGGCCGAGGUGAAGACGACAACGCGGCUGAGCCAUCGCAACAUUGUGCAGCUGCUGGGCUGGUGCGAGUGCGACGGCGGCGGCCUCCUGCUCGUGUACGAGCUCGUGCCGGGAGGCAACCUGGACAAGCGUCUCCACAGCCCUGCCCCUGAUCGGCUCCUCACAUGGGAAGAAAGGUACACACCGCCUGACUGA